UAUGACUACAGUGUCUGUGGAUUUUUUGCAACAGAUUACUCUUCUCGGUAAGGAGUUUUUGUUAAUUGCGAUAGACCCGAUGAGUAGGAAGCAAACUAUCACAGAGUUAAAGAAGGUCCUCGGCAAGCCUUUACUAAUGUCGGAUUAUAAAAAAAUAUGGAAGGCUCUCUAUUAUGGUAUUGCAGUUUUAGAUUGUAAGCAAUGUGGAGUUCGGACAAGUAUCAAAAUCAAUAGAUUCUUGCAACUGAAAUUUCAUAGCUCACAAGAAUGUUCUACUCCAAUUUCAAUGCAUUCAUCCAAUUCUCCAAAGCCAUGUUCCAUGUGUUUAUGUUCGAAUGGGAGAAGAUUGAUUACUGGCGCAUCAAUAAAUUUAUGCUUUUAUUUAGGGAAAUCAUCGAAGAGUAAAUAAAAAUAUGCAAGCAUUUUAAUUGGAAGACAGUUCCCCAAUUGAUUGCUCUUUAUCACGAAAGUGUUCUGAAUCUGACAGAAUUUCAGACAGGUAUGACUCCUCAUCAUAACUCUAUUUAGUAUAGGGAGCCACAUUGCACUUCAUCCAAAUAUUUGUUUAGUGCUUGGCUAAACAUAUGAGCGAUUCCACUGUUACACAUGUUCAGGUUAAGGAUCUUCUUGAAGGGUUCUUGGACAUUCUUAAGCACAGUCCAAAUAAGACACUGAGAGAUAAAACUAUUCAAUAUGUCUACGAAUACAUAGAGGAGAGACAAAAAAAUGAAAACUAUUUGCCAGCUUUCGAUUCUAGAAAAUAUGGGAACUAUGUCUUCAAAUUGGCUUCAUCAGAGUAAUAGAAUAUUUACAAUUUGUAGGAGUGUCAAUCCUUAAAAUAGGAAGUCUCUUUAUAGAGUUGCAGAGAUCUUUAAUUUCACCGAAGAAUUGGAGGAGUCACCUCAAGUUCAAAUUGAAGAGGCCCCAAAGAAGAAGAAGACAAAAAAUAAUAAUUAAGAAACUCAACAAUUAAAAAAGUCAUAAGAAGUAAAAUAAUAACAAGAAAACCAUGUAUAAUAAUAAAAUGAAGAAGAACAACAACAAUUCAAUUAAUAAGAUGAAUAAGAGGAACAAGAAGAAGAAUAAGUGAUUUAAGUACCUCAAAAAGUUUAAAAAAAUAAUGGAAAAGAAAAAAAAGAGUUGUAACAACAACAGAACACCAAGAUCAAAUAAAAGGAAGAGAAGGCCAUUCUGAAAUUACAGAAAAAAUAAGAAGAAUUAAUCAAUUCUUAGAAUUAACAAGAUAGUCCAACUCAAGAUGAAGAUGAAACCAUAGAGGGUGAUGAUUAUAGCGAAAUUAGAAAGAACCCUAACAAAUUGAAAACUCUAAAGGAAAUUAUGAAUUCUGUUCCUGUAUAUUUGUUUAUGAAUCCAGCAGAGAAACGCAAAUACUUCAAAUCUAUCAAUAUGAAAUUCUAGGAGGCUUUGUAAAAAGAAAAAGGAACUCAUUGUACACACAACAAGAGUGUCCACUUUGACUUAGCAAGAAACAAAGUGAAAAGUAACUAUAUUUGUAUUAUGUUUAUAUUAGCUUUCAAAUAAACAGACAAUGUGCUCAGAAUUUCAAAGUCCUGAAUUUGAUAUUUUAUAUGUAUAAUAAAUAUGGCAGAG